AAAGUGACGAAAGAUUCCGGAAGGGACCUCAUGACGGGAAGCAGCGUUGAGCGGCUAGUAAAGACUUUGGAUAAUUCCUGACCCUCUCGAGCACGUUUGAGAAAUACUUUUGUGUUUUUGUUAAAAUCAUGUCUGUGUUGUGUUAUAACAAAGGUUGCGGGCAACGUUUUGAUCUUGAGAACAAUCCAGAUGAUGCAUGCACAUAUCAUCCUGGAGUUCCAGUGUUCCAUGAUGCAUUAAAGGGUUGGUCUUGCUGUAAAAGACGAACAACUGAUUUUUCGGAUUUCCUCAGUAUUGCUGGUUGCACGAAAGGUCCACAUAAUCAAGAGAAGCCCGCUGAGCCAGUCAAACCAGAGGUGAAAUCCACUGCUGAUAAGACUGCAAACGAUAAACCAAAGUUUGAUGAAUGCAUCAUCCAAGCACCAAAACCUCUCGAAUCAAUCCAGCGACCAAGUUCAGAUGAGCCUUUCUCAACACUGCAGAAGAAGAUUUCUCCUUCGCUCAAACAGGCUUUAGAAAAGCUCAAAUUAACAGAUGAAAAUGCACCGGUGGAUAAAGAAGAGGAGAGUGAUGAAAUUAAGAUAGGGACGUCUUGUAAAAAUGGAGGCUGCGGUAAGACGUUCAGCGGACCAGCCAGUGAUGAUGAGAUGUGCUUGUAUCACGCCGGUGUACCUAUCUUCCAUGAAGGAAUGAAAUACUGGAGCUGCUGUAAGAGGAAAACCUCAGACUUCAACACUUUUCUGUCUCAGGAGGGCUGUACCAAUGGAAAGCAUCAGUGGAGAAAGAAAGAUACAGGAAAGAAGGUUGUGCCGUGUCGGUUUGACUGGCACCAAACAGGAAGUCAGGUCAUCAUUUCCAUUUAUGCCAAAAAUUCAAUACCGGAACUGAGCUCGGUGGAGGGGAACAGCACUGUGCUCAAAAUCCAUAUUUUAUUCGAAGGAGAAAAAGAAUUUGAACAGCAGAUUAGUUUGUGGGGGGUGAUUGACACCAGCAAAAGUUUUGUGAAUAUGAUGGCUGCCAAAAUUGAGAUUAUGUUGAAGAAGGCAGAACCAAUGUCAUGGGCUCGUCUGGAUCUACCGCCCGUUGUUCCUCCAAAGGAAAAGGAGAAAGUUAUCGACAGUGAGGAUGAGUGUGAUGAUUAAAAUAAGAGACUUUAAGAAUGACACAGUCCACACUCUUAAAAAUUAAGGUGCUUCACGAUGCUACAGAAAAAUUUUUUGCUGGAUGGUUCCAUAAGGAACCUUUAACAUCUAAAGAACCCUUCUGUUUCAAAAAAGGUUCCUACCAAGAAGAACUAGAGCCAUUUAAGCUCCUUUAUUUUCAACGGUGGUAUAUCUCUGAAUUAGACUAGGAAUUCAUCCUUUCUCUCGACAAAUAAAGCAUGAGCGCAUUAUGUAAAUUCUGAAAGCGAUUAUUUGUCCAGAUUUUAAAAUAUUUAUUGUACAAGGUCUGUUUAGAGGGUUUAAAUAAAGCUUCCUUUCAUGCA